GUAAGACUUGGUCGUCUUUGAGGAUAAAUGGAAGAAUAAAUAUUUUAAAUUAUUACAAUGAAACUACUUUUGUUAUUAAUAGUAGCGCUAUGCUCUUUACAAUCUGUGAUAUCGGUGUACUGCUAUUGGAAUACAGGAUGUCCUUAUAAAUAUUUUUCAAACAAAACACCAUAUAAUUCUGUUCGAGGUGACAUAAGGGAUUCUGUUAUCAAAUUAACCGGUUGUGAAGCAGUCAGUAUUUGGAGUUUAACAAGACACGGCCAAAGAAACCCAGGUCCGGAUUAUGGCAGCUCUAUGAAAGACGCUCUUGUAAUAAGAGAUUAUGUCUCAUUAGCCUAUAAGAAAGGAAACAGUUCACUUUGCGCUCAAGAUAUCGAAAAUUUACAGAAUUGGCAUUUCAACAAGGAUUUGUUUGAUAAACCAUAUCAACUUACCAAAGAAGGUUUUCUGGAAUCUCAAGGUAUUGCAAGAAGAUUGAGACAGACAUUCUCGAAAUUACUUGGAAAUUUAGAAAGUAAUGAUUAUUUGUUCCGACCUGCGCCUGGAGCUUGGAUGGAAGAGAGUGUCAAGGGUUUCGUUCAAGGAAUUUCCUCUAAGCCACUGACUAUUCAGCCACCUAGUCCUGGUUUAGAUAUUUUGGCGCCUUACGAAAGUUGUCCCAAGUACUUGAAAGAAGUGAAAUAUAAUCCAGAAACGUAUGCUCCUUCAGCAAAGUAUCAAUCUUCUUCAGAAUAUCUUGCGGCAAAGGACAGAAUGCAAAGACGUUUGGGUAUCGAUUAUUCUCUAACACCAACAAAUAUAACAGCUUUGUAUGACCUGUGUCGGUACACUUCUUCGGGUAACACAUUUAGUCCGUGGUGUGCGCUGUUUACGACGGAAGAUUUGAAAGUUAUGGAGUAUGUAGCCGACUUGAGACAUUACUACAAAAGUGGUUACGGAACACCCAUGACCAAGCUAUUCGGCCAGAUUGCUUUGACCGACCUACUUAAAAGUUUUCAAGAAGCAAAAAGUGGAAAGGGGAGGAAAAUUACGGGCUACAUUUCUCAUGCUACUAUGAUGGAUAUGGUAUAUACAGCCCUUAAAUUAUUCAAAGACGACGCACCCUUAUCUACUUCGAAGAGGAAGCUUGAUAGGAAAUGGAGAAGUAGCAAGAUGUCCAUAUUUUCGACGAAUUUCAUUGCUGUCCUCAACAAGUGUGAUAAAGGACCUGACGAUUACAAUGUAAUAUUUUACUUAAAUGAAGAACCCUUACAAUCAAUAUGUAAAGAAGGAGUGUGUACUUGGAAGGAGUUCGAAGAUAAACUGACACCAUUUGUGGACACAAAGACAGAUUUCUGUAAUAUAGAUCCAUCUCCAUAGUUAUUUGUUUAGAAAAUUUACUUAGACAUUCAACAGUUGUUAAUUUUAUUAUUAAGUAUCUGAG